AUGCUGAAACGCGACCCUGUCAAGCUUCCCCAGACUGAAGCAGGGGUCGACAAUGAUGUGACAGCGGCACAAGCGGUGCUUGGCACUCCCGAGCUGGUGGAUCUGAUACUAGCUUAUUUGUCACCGGCGACGUUGUUGAGGUCUUGCGUGAAAGUGUGUAGGGUGUGGUGGUAUGUGAUCUCGAACCCGUCGCUGAGUUUGCAAGUUGCAUUGUUCUUGCGACCAGCAGAGGGUGGGGAGUUGGUGUUCAAUGACAUAUUGCCAAAAUGGAGGGUUGAACGUCCAGUCGUAAAUCAUUGGCAUUUUCCUUUCGAAAAUGCUCUUAUUCCUGUUCCCAUCGACGAGUUGGGCUGGAGAAAGAACGAGGAGGCAUGGGAGAGAAGCGAGGAGAGGUGGAGCGGCAUGUUGAUCUCUCAACCGCCUUGCCGUGAUAUCAUUGUUGUCACUACAUUCAGUGUGAAUUGGGAGCUGAGGCCUCCUCUAUUGCAGUAUUUGAAGAUGGAGAAAGGAUUGACGAUCGGCUUGUUGAGGAAAAAGGUUGAGGAUUGGAAUAGAAAAAAGAGGACACUUUUAGAUAGCCAGGGGCGAGUGACACACGAAGAGAACAGUGUGAUGGAAAGAAAGGUCUUCUCUAUAGGGGAUAUGGAGAGAGCAUCAGGACGGUUGCAGCCUAGAUUUGGGCCAUACUUCUUGAAGAUCGUGACAGAGACGAUGUCGGAAAAUGCUGACGACGUUGAUGUGUUUCAUGGGCCUGACUUUAAAAAGAGAAGGAAGAUAAUGAAGAAAAAGAAAGCAAUCUUAGGGCGGAUGAAAGAGAGAAUAAGUCGAGCUUUAGGAGCAGUAUUGAGGAGAGCUCGAGGAUAA